CCACGCCUCCACGGCCAAGCGCCUCGAAGGCAAAGCUUCCACUAGCCACAGGCCAACGAAAUCGCAAAGCGAAGCUACGGCCACCGACCGACGUUCCAAGAAGCGAAACGAAACGAAAAUGAUGAUGAUGAUGGGAGAGAGAGCGCACGCGCCUCCGUGGCAGCGCUCGCCGGCGGCCAGCGGCGUCACGGACGCGGACGACGCGUCUCCGUACGCCCUCCUAGCGGCGCUGCAGCAUUACCUGCCGUCGAACGAGGUGGCGGCGUACGACGAAGACGACGAGGAGGCGGCCCUGGCGGCGGCGACCGCCGCCGUCGACGCGUACGCCUGCGACGAGUUCCGGAUGUACGAGUUCAAGGUGCGGCGGUGCUCGCGCGGGCGGAACCACGACUGGACGGCCUGCCCCUACGCGCACCCGGGGGAGAAGGCCCGGCGGCGCGACCCCAGGCGGUACCACUACUCCGGCGCCGCGUGCCCGGACUUCCGCAAGGGCGGGUGCAAGCGCGGCGACGCGUGCGAGUUCGCGCACGGGGUGUUCGAGUGCUGGCUCCACCCGUCGCGCUACCGGACGCAGCCCUGCAAGGACGGCACCGGCUGCCGCCGCCGCGUCUGCUUCUUCGCGCACACGCCGGACCAGCUCCGCGUGCCGCCGCCGCGGCAGUCCAGCCCUAGGGGCGCGGCGGCGGCGGCGUCGCCGCUGGCCGAGUCGUACGACGGCUCGCCGCUCCGCCGCCAGGCGUUCGAGAGCUACCUCACCAAGAGCGGCAUCGUGUCGUCGCCGCCGCCGACCAGCACGCUCGUCUCGCCGCCGAGGUCGCCGCCGUCGGAGUCCCCGCCAAUGUCGCCAGACGCCGCCGCCGCGCUCCGCCGCGGCUCGUGGCCGGGCGUAGGGUCGCCCGUCAACGAGGUCCUCGCGUCGAUGCGCCAGCUGCGGCUCGGCGGCGGCUCGCCGAGGUCGGCGCCUUCCGGCGGGUCGUUCUUGGGCGGAGGCUACCCGUUCGGGUCCCCAAAGUCACCGGCCGGGCUGUACAGCCUCCCGUCCACGCCAACCAGGCCGUCCCCGGUGACCGUGACCACCGCCUCCGGCGCCACCGUCCUCACCGUGGAACGCCUCAACCUCGGACUCAUCGGGGACGAGGAGCCGGUGAUGGAGAGGGUCGAGUCCGGGAGAGCCCUCCGCGAGAAGGUGUUCGAGCGGCUCAGCAAAGAAGCCGCCGUUCCCAGCGACACCGCCGCAUCCGCCAACGUUGAGGGAGCGGCCCCCGCCCCGGAUGUUGGAUGGGUCUCCGACCUCAUCAACUGAGGGAACUCGUGGAACUACCAGCUCAGAAGUUCAGGGGGGAAUAACAAAAAAAAAGUAGGAAGAUUUUUAAUUUUUUAGUUCUUUACAAAUAUUUUCCUGGUCCUUGUACAGAUGUUCCUGCUUUGUGAAUAGUCUUGGAUGGUUGUCGAAGGGAGGGGAGGCAGGGAAUGGUUGAUUUGUUAUGAGGUUUCAGAUGAUGGCAUGUCGGUGAAGGAGACAAGGUGCCCAGCAAACCAUGGUGGAAAAUGGAUCAAGAAGACAUGUGCAGGCGACCAUGUAUACGGGUUGUCUAGAUGCACAUGGUGUCUUCCCUGCCUGUGAGGUGGGAGCAUGGGAGGCGAUCAUGGCGGCGAUCCAAGACCGAACCCAUAAUUUCCGCGAGCGAUUCCAGAACGAACGGCGUCUUGAGUUGAUGUUCAUUCUGCUAUUUGCCUUUUAAGAUUCGACGAGUUAUUACUGCUCUGUGAUUUUUCUCAAAGUAUUUCCAUAUUGAUCUAUGCAUGCAUGUACAAUGUC